ACAUAAUAAUUUGCAAAUUGUCAAACUUUUUAUACGUAAAUUUCUUCCGAUUUUGUAUAAGGUCUAAUUUGCAAUAGCACAUGGCGUUUCUCCAAAGCGUUUUAACGAAACGUUACGAAUCAGCCGAGUGAAUGAGAUCUAUUUUAAUGUUUUUGCAUUUAAUUAAGCUUUUAUAACGCACAACACGAAAAUCAAAAACGAUCAAGCGUUUGUUUAUCGUUUAAUUACCUUGUGAAUAUGAGUAAUUCUACUUUUGUUCUGGAUAAUGGUGCCUAUACGACAAAAGUAGGGUUAGCUUCUGACAACCCAAAAUUAGUUCCUAAUUGCAUAAUGAAAGCAAAAAGCGAACGAAGAAGACCUUUCGUAGGAACUGUUUGGGAUUAUAUAUUUUCAAAGGAAUGCUGUCCUGUAAACUUGAACCAACUUUCUGUAAUUGUGACUGAACCUUUAUUUAAUUUCUCAACCGUUCAAGAAGCCAUGACAGAAAUAUUUUUUGAGGAAUACGAAUGUCAAAGUCUCUUGAGAAUCAAUACCUCCACUCUCUCUUGUUAUCAGUACAAAACAGAAAAUCCUAAUACAAAGUGCUGUAUUGUAGUUGAUAGUGGUUAUAGCUUUACUCAUAUAGUACCAUACGUAAAUGACACUAAAAUUAGAGAAGGUAUUAGACGCAUAGACGUGGGGGGAAAGCUUCUUACAAAUCAUCUUAAAGAAAUUAUAUCCUAUAGGCAACUUCAUGUCAUGGAUGAGACUUAUGUAAUAAAUCAAGUGAAAGAGGAUUCCUGUUUUGUUUCUCAAGAAUUUUUCAAGGACAUGGAAACUGCCAAAAAUAAAUUAGAAAACAAUCCCAUAGUUAAAGAUUAUGUUUUACCAGAUUACACAACAUUAAGACGUGGUUUCCUAAAAAGUCCAGAACCUCCUAAUGAACAGCAAACUUUACGUUUGAGCAAUGAAAGAUUUGCUAUACCUGAAAUUCUGUUUUUUCCUUCGGAUGUUGGUAUUCGUCAAAUGGGUAUUCCAGAAACAAUAAUGGAUUGCUUAAAAGCAUGUGACGAAGAAACGUGGCCGCAUCUUUUGUCUAAUAUCAUUCUUACUGGGGGUAACGCGAAAUUUCCUGGAUUUCAAGAAAGAGUUUACAAGGAAGUUAGAAGCUUAGCACCCGCAGAAUAUGCGAUAAAUGUCCAUUUACCAGAAAACCCAAUCACGUACGCAUGGCACGGUGGUAAAACGCUUUCGAAAGAUCCAAUAUUUUCAAGUCUUCUAGUAACUAGAGAAGAUUACGAAGAAGAAGGGCAAAACCUUUGUUUCGAACGUUUCGAUGUUUAACUUGAAUAAAGUUGUCUUAUUAACCAACUCAUAUAUACUUGUACCAUACAGCCUAUAAUAA